UUGUUGCGCACCGGGAUGGAGCCGGGACCGGGAGCAGCGGGAUCAGCGGGAUCCGCGGGAUCCGGGAACGGGCGCUGGGCCGCCACCGCCUGCGUGGUGACCGGCGCUUCCCGCGGCUUCGGCCGCAGCCUGGCGCGGCUCCUGGCGCCGCGGCUGGGCCCGGGCUCGGUGCUGGUGCUGCUGGCUCGCUCCGCGGGGCCGCUGAUGGAGCUGGCGGCCGAGCUGCGGGGCGACGGUGGCACAGGGCUGCGGGUGCUCUGCGUGGCCGCAGACCUGGGCAGCGAGGACGGGCUGCGCAGGGCGACCGCUGCGCUGAGGGAGGUGCUGCCCGCCGAGCCCUUCGGCCGCCUGAUCCUCGUCAACAACGCCGGCUCCCUGGGAGACAUCUCCAAAUCCUUCCUGGACCUCACCGACCCAGAUGAGAUCAACACCUACUUUGCCUUCAACGUCACCUCGGCGCUCUGCCUCACCUCCACGGCCCUGCAGGCCUUUGGGAAGAGGCCUGGCUGCAGCAGGACCGUGGUGAACAUCUCCUCCCUCUGUGCCCUGAAGCCCUUCAAGAGCUGGGCUCUGUACUGCAGCGGGAAGGCUUCCCGGGAUAUGAUGUUCCAGGUGCUGGCGCUGGAGGAGCCCGAUGUCCGUGUGCUCAACUACGCCCCGGGUCCUCUGGACACGGACAUGCAGCUCCUGGCCCGGACCGAGACUGGAGACCUCGAGAUGCGUCAGUACUUCCAGAGCCUGCAGGAGGGCAGGAAGCUCAUAGACUGCACUGUGUCAGCCCAGAAGCUGGUGAAGCUCCUGGAGGAGGACACCUUCCAAUCCGGAGCCCACCUGGAUUUCUAUGAAGUCUGAGCUCCUGUCAUCUCCGCCUUUGCCUUCCUGCUUUGCUUCCUGCUGAGCCACGUCCUGGGUGUCUCCAGUGUGGUUGGUGACCUGGUUUGAGUCCUGGGAAGCUUUCAGAAGACCUCUGGGUGCCUUAUAAAUACUCCUGGUGCCUUGAUGGGGCUUGGGGGGCAGUUACUGCUGUUGAGCCCUCCAGGGGACCCGCUGGCAGGAGCAGGGAUUCCUCAGCUCCUGGGGAUGGGGGAGCACAGGUGGCUUUUCCAAGGGAAUGGGCAUGGAGCCUUAAAACUCACCCUCACAGGAGUGAUCCAGGGAGAUACCAAGGCAGAAGGGUCUCUGGCCACCCCAGAAGGUCUGAGCAGCGGGGUUAGAGUUGAGUGUCCCCAUAUCUGUCCCCUUAGCCCCACAGGAGCACCUGAGCAAGUCCCCAAAGAGCCAUUCCCCGGGGCUGGAGGUGGGGGGUGUCACCCCAGAGCCCUGACUCUCCAUCCCCUGCUCACCAGUGGCUUGUCCAAACUCUCCCACAGUCCUUGGACUGUCUCUCUGUGAGUGUUGAAUGUUAAGACACGGACCAAAGCCUGUCCCAGUGUUUUAUCCACCAAGGCCAUUAAUCACCAGGAGAGGGAGCUGGCCUUGGAGGAGAUGGGAAUUUUGGGUGCCUGGCUGGGGUCACCAGCUCACACAAACCUGGUUACAGCACAGCCAAGACACAGCCCUGAGUUCAUGCCACGUUCCUGUUUGCAGGUUCUGGGUCCAAACCUUGAUCUGGGCCUUCAGCCCCUCCUGGAUUCUCCUUCUAAUUAUUUGUGGGGUUUUGUUGUUGUUUCCCCAUCAGAUUCCAGGAGGCACAGACACAUAAAGUCUUGCCCUUCUAGAAAGCAGAGUGUAUUGAUGCAGGAAAGCCACUUGGAAGCACAGUGGCAUUCCCUGUGUGCCCUGGAAAUGCCCAGUGUCCCUUUGUGCUCCCUUCCUGCAGUCCCUACCUCAACCCUGUAUCUCAAAUUUUGCCCACCUGUAUCUACAAUCAUUAAAAGUUUCAUGUCUGC